GGAAACACUAAAAGAAACAAAAAAGCUAUUAGAAAUUAUUGUUACAACUCCUAUGUCAACUUUUCUUCGAAAUACUAUGACCCAGGAUCGCCGUACAGCGUUGUCGAUGCUGUCCAUUGAAAAGGAAUUUAUUUCGACCAUGGAAAAUUUCAACGUGAAGGUGAUCGACAAGUUUGCUGCCAAGAAGGAGCGCAGGAUCGAACUGACAUAAAAAUAGGUAAGUUCGGAUUUGCAGACCACCUGUUUUAUUUUGCCACGAGCCACCACUGCAGAUUGAUAUUAUAAAACCUCAAAUAUCUGAAAAGGUAAUUAUCGUAUAGUUGCUCUUAGCUCAUCAAAUAGAGAACAAACCAAUAGUAAAACUUUUUUAU